AUGGCAAACAGGAAGCACCUUCUUAAGCUUGGGUCUGGAGUUAUCACUGUCGCCGUUGGAGAGGGCGAGAAGCAAAAAGAGUUCGCCGUCCACGAAGCUCUGAUCACCGAACGUUCUCGCUUCUUCCGCAAUGCAAUCCAAGGAAAUUGGAAAGAGGCCGAAGAGCGAAUCGUCAACCUCACUGAAGAUCACCCGGACGUCUUCGAGCUCUACCUCCAAGCUCUGUACGCUGGCCACGUGGAACUUCCGGACGGACACGCAACCGACACCUUCUACAACAUGCUUGGUGGCGUCUUCGUGCUUGCCGAGCGCAUCCGCGACGUUAAGACAAAGAACCUGAUAGUGGAGGAGAUCAAAGCCAAGGCAGACAUCCGAGAACACUUUGCGGCAUAUCUUCAAAUGGCCGCGGUGAUCUAUAAUGGCACACCUGGUCCCUGCGGUAUCCGGCGACUUCUCGUCGAUCUUGUUGCGAGGAGCAAUGACUACCACGCCGCUCAGGAGGGGAUAGAGAAGUUCACCGCCAAGCUUGAAGGCGUUCCGAAACAGUUUCUGAUGGAUCUGGUUUUCGGCCUCUACACCAAGCGGCAGACUAAUUCGCGCUCAGGUUGGAAUAGCUUCAAGUCGGAAAGCGCGGCGACGUACAUGGAGGAUGAGUCUACUAGUCAGUGA